AUGCAUGCGUCUUACGUGUGCGUGCGCAGUGUCUGCGUGCCGGAAGGUGUGCACCCUACAUUUCAUGUCUAUGCCUUGGAAGGUAUGAGGGAGCGGAAAGUUGAGAGUGUCGUGGUGCAGGGGAGCAGGAAUUUUGAGAUAGGGAUUGAGAACAAGACACCUUAUAAAAAAGAGAAUAUAUCAGAAGAUGUAGAAUCAUCUGGAGGGACUUCAGAAAUACCUUUAAAAGAUGCUUCUUGGGAACCUAUUUUUGGAGGAGUUUGUGCAUUUGGGGGAAAGUUAGAAAGUAACCAGGGAAAUUCUACUGAGGUAAUAUUGGAAAGAUCGUUUAUCCAGGAGAAAGGUUUCUCUGAAAUGGCUGUGAAUCACAGCAAAACCUCCACUGAAGAAAAAAGUCAGGAAUGUGGUGAAUUUAGGAGAAACUUUGAUCUGAAUACAAGUUUUGUUUUACACCAGAGUGAUACUAUGGGAGAGCAAGCCCAUGGUUGUGAUGCCUGUGGCAAAAUUUUCAAAUACAAUUCAGAUCUUAUUCGACAUCAGAGGAUUCAUACUGGAGAGAAACCUUAUGGGUGUGAUGAAUGUGGGAAAGUCUUUAAUCUUAAUUCAGAACUUGUUCGACACCAGAGAAUUCACACUGGAGAAAAACCUUAUAAAUGUAAGGAUUGUUGGAAAGGCUUCAGCCAGAGCUCCAAUCUUAUUCGACAUCAAAGAAUUCAUACUGGAGAGAAACCCUAUGAAUGUAUUGAAUGUGGGAAAGGAUUUGUCUGUAGCUCAGGACUUAUGCAGCAUCAGAGCAUUCACACCGGAGAGAAGCCCUAUGGAUGUGAUGAGUGUGGGAAAACCUUCAAUCUGAACUCAAGACUUAUUCGACAUCAGAGGACUCACACUGGAGAGAAACCAUAUAAAUGUAAUGAAUGUGGUAAUGCUUUCAAUUUAAAUUCAGAACUGAUUAGACAUCAGCGCAUUCAUACAGGGGAGAAACCAUAUACAUGUAAUGAAUGUUAUAAGGCUUUUAGUCAAAGAGGGAAUCUUAUUCAACAUCAAAGAAUUCAUACUGGAGAGAAACCCUAUGAGUGUCUUGAAUGUGGGAAAAGCUUUAGCUGCAGCUCACAUCUUAUUCAGCAUCAGAGAAUCCAUACUGGAGAGAAACCAUAUGAGUGUGAUAAAUGUGGUAAAGCUUUCAGUCAAAGCUCCCACCUUAUUUUACAUCAAAGAUCUCAUAAUGGAGAGAAACCUUAUAAAUGCUAUGAAUGUGGGAAAGACUUCAGUUGGAGCUCGCAACUUAUUCAACAUCAGAGAGCUCAUACUGGAGAAAAACCCUAUGGGUGUGAUGAAUGUGGUAAAGCUUUCAGUGUAAAUUCACAACUUAUUCGUCAUCAGAGAACUCAUACUGGAGAAAAACCCUAUAAAUGUAAUGUUUGUGAGAAAGCUUUCACUCAGAGUUCCCACCUUAUUCAACAUCAAAGUAUUCACAUGGAAGAGAAACCUUAUGAAUGUGUUGAAUGUGGGAAAGCCUUUAGUAGGAGUUCAUCACUUAUUCAACAUGAGAAAAUUCAUACUAGAGAAAAACCUUAUAGUUGCCAGGAGUGUGGAAAAGCCUUUAGUCAGAGCUCACAGCUUACUAAGCAUCAGAAAAUUCAUACUUGAGAGAAAAUGAUUUUGAAAGUAGAAAUGUUUUUAUUUGGAGCUUACACAUUCAAAAGCAGAGCAUUUGUAUAGAAAAGAAAACUAUAAAAAUAUAAUAUAUAUGGCAGAAUCUUUGUUAUCACUUUGCCCUUAUUCAGUGUAUUUUUUCAUCACUUGUCAUCCAGUGAAUAUUCAUUUCAAAAGGUGAUGAAUGUGAGAUGUUAAUGAUGUAGGAUUAACAGGGUUUAGCAAUUAGUCAGUUAAAAAGUGGCAGGGGAGAGGAAACAGUCCUUAUAGGUUUUUAGAUGUGAGUAUUUGGAAGAAUGGUGGUAUUCUCAAUAGAAAUAGGGAAGUUUAUUGGAAGGAUAGGUUUUUUUGGGAAAGAUAAUUGAAAUCUAUUUUGGAAAUGUUGAAUUUGAGAUGCAUAAAAGACAUCUAAUUGAAAAUGUCCAGUAGGCAACUAAUUAUUGAUUGAAGACCAGAGUUCAAUAGAGAGAUUAGGACUAGAUGAUAAAGCUAAGAAUCAUUUGCAUAGAGGUGAUGAUUGAUCCAUGAUAGCUGAUGAGACCUUCAAUUCAAUAAACAUUUAUUAUUAAUAUCUGCAAUGAAAAAGAUAUUGGUUAAAUACUGUCAUGGAGUUAAACAUUCAUCUGUCAGAAUGGAGGUUUACAAUAUGCACAUCAUGUUCAAGAUAAUAUUAAGAGGUACUAGGUACAACUGGAAAGGAUCAAAGAAGGUUUCAUUAGAGAGAACGUAUUUUAGUCAAACCUUAAAGAAAAGCAAGAAUUCAAAGAAGUUAGGGAGAAUAAAGAGGGAGUGUUUCCUAAAUACAAGGAAUGACCUAUGGCUUCUUUCUCUGUUAGGAAGGAAGGAAACCAAGGGAAUAUAAUACCCUUGAGACCUAAUGCAAUUUAUUUCUCCAGAAUGAAAGAAAAAAAAAGUUUGAGAGAUGAAUUAUCAUGUUCGAGGAAUGGUGAUUGUAAGAAAAGUUUUAGUCAGACAUGUUGAAUCUCUAAGAGCAUAAGGUCUUCACAACUCAGGACUAUACCUCUUUAGAAUUUAUUAAUAUCAGAUUAAUUAAGCAUUCAUUACUUUGGACCUACCUGCAUGAAACUGAAACAGCUUUAUU